AGGCGACGGAGCCGGGCGGCCGGGCGGCCGGCUGGUUCUGGGAGCGGUACUGGGAGGGGGCCCGGCAGCGCUACCGGGAGAGGGCGGCGAGGCACAAGUCCGGCGGCGCCCGGGAGGGCGAGUGGCGGCACCCCGUGGAGAAGAAGGUCAAGCUCUCGGAGAUCGUGGGGCCGGAGGAGUCGCUGGCGGGGUCGCUCUGGGACAGCCAGACCCUCCGCGAGCGGAAGAGGGACACCGUGGCGGCUGAGUCCCCGGAGCAGCUGUUCCGGCGGCCCAAGUUCAAAUUCAGUCUCCAGUCCUCGAAGGCCGGCCAUCUCCCUUCGGACACCUCGUUCAGCAUCAUUAACGAGCUGGCGAAGAUGGGCGACCCCGAGGUCCUGGAAAUGGUGGAGGAGGAAGGAAGAAGACUCAAUAGGCAAGCAGGCUUGGAUUUAAGAAUGAGUGAUAGCCUGAGCAGCAGAGAGACCAGCUAUCUCCUCAAUGAAGCAGGAUUGUCUGCAAAGAGAUACAAUUUGUUCCUGAGGAGACGUCUUAUGUUUGAUAAAGAUAAACAAAGCAAAGACUCCAUCUUCUUCCGAGAUGGGAUUAGGCGAAUCGAUUUUGUGCUCUCCUAUGUUGAUGACGUAAAGAAAGAAGCCGAAAUAAAGAUGGAAAGAAGAAAAACGUUUGAAGAAAACCUCAGAAAAACAGGUCUUGAGUUGGAAAUUGAAGACAAAAGGAACUCUGAAGAUGGAAGAACUUACUUUGUCAAGAUCCAUGCCCCUUGGGAGAUAUUAGUUACUUAUGCUGAAGUGUUGGGCGUCAAAAGGCCAAUUAAGGAGAGUGAUAUUCCGCGACCGGAACAAAGCUCCUUCACUUUUGGGCCUCUGAAGCUCCCAAAGAAUGUGAAGCAUCCUGAUCCGGAUUAUUUCACUGUCCAAUUUAGCAGACAUCGCCAGGAACUCUUCCUCAUUGAGGACAAGUCAAGCUUCUUUCCAUCCUCAUCAAGAAACAGAAUUGUAGGUAGAGAAGCCAUCUGGGCAUAUCCCUUCCAGGGUCAAUAUUGGAAGCCAUCAGAACCUCCUAAUCCUACCAACCAAAGGUACAUACUUUUCCAGAAUUGGGCUCGGUUUUCCUAUUUUUACAAGGAGCAGCCUUUUGACUUGAUUAGGAAUUAUUUUGGAGAAAAAAUUGGCAUGUAUUUUGUCUUUCUCGGAUUUUACACAGAAAUGCUGGUCCUUGCAGCUGUAGUUGGUUUAGCUUGUUUUAUUUAUGGCUUAUUUUCCAUUCAUUCUAGCAUAAUGAGCAGUGAAGUCUGUGACCCUAAGAUUGGAGGUCAGAUUAUCAUGUGCCCACUCUGUGAUCUAUUGUGUGAUUUUUGGAGACUAAAUACUACAUGUUUGUCUUCAAAGGUCUCUCAUUUAUUUGAUAAUGAGUCCACAGUGUUCUUUGCAAUAUUCAUGGGAAUUUGGGUCACAUUGUUUUUGGAGUUUUGGAAACAGCGUCAAGCCAGACUGGAGUGUGAUUGGGACCUGGUGGACUUCGAGGAGGAGCAGCAGCAGCUUCAGCUGAGGCCAGAAUUUGAAGCCAUGUGUAAAAAGAGGAAAAUUAAUCCUGUGACUCAGGAGAUGGAGCCUCACAUGCCUCUGAAGAGUCGGAUUCCAUGGUACUUCUUAUCAGGAGCCACAGUAACGUUAUGGGUAAGCAUUUUAAAAAAAACAUUAGGAUUAUCUCAACAGUUUAAUCUGAAACAGCCCUCAAGUCCCUUCCUUACUUUUCUCUCCACAUUGACUAUCAUAAUUAAUGGGAAACAGAUCUUUGGAAACAUUCAAGAAGCCAUUUAUCCGUUGGCUCUGAAUUGGUGGAGACGCCGAAAAGCUCGGACCAACUCUGAAAAGUUAUACAGUCGAUGGGAGCAGGAUCAUGACCUUGAGACUUUUGGAAGUCUUGAACUAUUCUAUGAAUACUUAGAAACAGUUAUCCCAUUUGGAUUUGUUACCUUAUUUGUGGCCUCUUUUCCUUUGGCUCCUCUUCUUGCUCUCCUGAAUAAUAUUUUAGAGAUUCGAGUGGAUGCCUGGAAACUUACUACUCAGUACAGGAGACCUGUAGCAGCUAAAGCUCAUAGCAUAGGUGUUUGGCAAGACAUUCUUCAUGCAAUGGCUGUUCUUUCUGUUGCAAGUAAUGCUUUUAUUGUUGCAUUUACAUCGGACAUCAUUCCUCGUUUAGUUUACUACUAUGCCUAUUCACCAAAUGGCAAUGAACCUUUGAAAGGAUAUGUCAAUAACAGCCUGUCAGUCUUCCUGAUAGCCGAUUUACCAAACACCACUGCACCUUUGGACAAACGAGACUUCACCACUUGCAGGUAUAGAGAUCACAGAUAUCCCCCUAAUCACGCAGAGAAAUACUCUCAUAAUAUGCAAUUCUGGCACGUCCUUGCUGCCAAAAUGACCUUCAUCAUAGUCAUGGAGCAUGUUGUGUUUUUAGUUAAAUUUUUGUUGGCUUGGAUGAUCCCUGAUGUUCCAAAAGAUGUUCUGGAGAAAAUUAAGCGAGAAAAGCUAAUGACAGUCAAGAUUCUCCAUGACUUUGAGCUUAAGAAAUUAAAAGAGAACUUGGCAUUUGAUUCUAGUGAACUUGCCAAGGAAUUCAUGAUUCAGGAAAACAAAGUAUAGCUGGAUAAAUCAACAAUCAAGUCAACAAAAUGAGUAAGCAGUUGGUAGCCUGACUGGCUUCACAUUUUCCCUAGGUUAGGGCCAGAGGCCAGAAGCCAUGUGUCAAUUUUAUCCCUUCUUUUUUAACUCAACGUUUUUGUACACUUUUAUAGAGGCCAACUUUGUGAGGUCAGAAGAAUACCUUCUCUGCUCCAUUGGCUGGGCCCUCCCUAGAUAUUGUUUUCUGGGAUUCUAUAAAUGAUUGUUAAAAGUGCAUGUGGAAUCAGAAUAUGGAAAAUCAUGGAAUGUUGCAGUUUAUAAUCCAACACUGGACUAGGGCUGUCCUGUCACCUUCCAGUGCAUCUGCACAUUUUCAUGGUCUUCUACUGGGUUGUUUCAUAUCACUUUCCCAUCAAGAAAAAUGUUGGGACAAAGAGAAAAGAAGUGAAGGGGCUUAAAAAGCCAUAUUUAACCUGCCAUUUUAGACUAUGCAAAUGAAAAACCAAACUCAGAUGACAUAAGAAGACCCACAUAUUAAGCAUAUUGGGUAAAUAUCAUGGCGAGAGUAUGUUUCUGAAGUUGUCCUGAAUAAGUGAAACUUUCAUAAGAAUCCCAGGUGGUCCUUCAGGUAAAUGCAAAAUUGCUUUUUCAAGAGAAUGAACAUUUGGGUUUCAACAAAAGACUAACAAUUCAGUUGUUUAAAGAUAACGUUUUGGUAAAAAUAGUUUGAAGACUGGAUUGUUUUAUCUGGAAAAGAGUAUUAAGAAGUUAUUAGAUUGUUUCAGGUCUUUGAGUGAAUGAAAGUCAUUUUAAAGCAGUAAUGUCUUUUCUUUGUAGUUAAGAAAUUUAAGACAAUGUAUAUUGAUUAAUUUAUUGACCUUAAUAUAAAAAUGUUGAAUUAUUUUAAAAAAAUUAUUUGUCUUCUACAAUGCCUUUUUUCAUCAUGAAGCUUGUUUGAGCAUUAGCUAUUUGUAUGUUAGGCACAAGUUGUUUAUGAAAUUUUGAUUUUUUUGUUUAAAGUAAUCUCAAAUCUUUUAAUGCAUUUACAAUCUUUUAUAUUGAUUCAUCCCUUUAUACAAUGUUCAGUGCCUUGCCCCUAUGCCUUUGACACACAGUGGUAUUGUUGGCUAUUGAUUUGAUGUGAUUUGACAUCAAUCACAGAGUUUAACACCAAAAAUGGAUCAACAAAAUAAGAAUAAGGUGGUAAUUUGAUAGCUAAAUUUUUAAAAAAAUUGAAUUAUUACUCUCAUACUUAGGUCUGUGGCACAUAUACACUCAUUCUUAUUUCCCUUAAAAAUAAAU